UGCUUAUUUCAUAAAGGUACUUUCUGUCUCAUCUGUUCGAUGAAAUUUCACAGUAAUAGCUACAAUCUACAUGCAUCUAAUAUUUUUUUUCAAUUAAUCGAUGGUGAAUUGAUUCACGAACCUAACAAUUUUCUUUAUUUUUCAUCCUUCUGGUUCUUAUAAUAAUUAUGUCUGGUGGUCACAAGCACCGUUAUAAGAACGCAGGCUUGAGUGCUGAUGAACUGCGUCGCCGUCGAGAAGAAGAAGGUGUGCAGCUUCGGAAACAGAAACGAGAACAGCAGCUAUUCAAGAGAAGAAAUGUUAAUCUUCCUGCACCAAAUGCACCCGACAACUUAUUGCAGGAUGAUAUCAAUAUAUCAGCAUCUGAGGACAUCACUCCAGCCAUGGUUGCUGCCUUAUAUAGCGACAAUCCCCAAGAACAAGUUGCCGCAACUCAGAAGUUUAGAAAACUAUUGAGUCAAGAACCAAAUCCUCCAAUAGAUGAAGUGAUUCGGACUGGCAUAGUUCCUAAAUUUGUGGAAUUUCUAACUACCAUUAAUCCAGCACUACAGUUCGAGGCAGCAUGGGCACUUACAAACAUAGCAUCAGGUUCAUCGGAACAGACCCGUGUCGUAGUGGAGUGUGGUGCAGUGCCUGUGCUUGUGAGCUUGGUUGGUGGUGGCGCAAGUGACGAUGUCCGUGAACAGGCGGUGUGGGCUCUCGGUAACGUUGCUGGGGAUUCGCCGCGUUGUCGGGACACUGUGCUUGCUGCUGGAAUCUUACCACCAUUGUUAGAAAUAUUAAAUAAGUAUACCAGGUUAUCUAUGACGAAGAAUGCAGUUUGGACUCUAUCAAAUUUGUGUAGAGGCAAAAAUCCGCCCACGAACUUUGAAGCUGUUGCUCCAGGAAUUCCAGUGUUGGCGCGAUUGCUACAUCAUACCGACGCAGAUGUAUUAAGCGACGCAUGCUGGGCUCUCUCUUAUCUGUCAGACGGACCAAACGAAAAGAUACAAGCAGUGAUAGAUGCUGGAGUUUGCAGGCGACUUGUGGAACUAUUGAUGCACAACAAAUCGACUGUUGUAUCGGCGGCAUUGAGAGCUGUCGGUAACAUUGUGACCGGCAAUGACGCGCAAACACAAGCAGUCCUUAACUGUAAUCCCCUACCCAAUUUGCACGCGCUGUUACGGUCUAGCACAGAAGCGCUUCGUAAAGAAUCGUGCUGGACACUUUCAAACAUAACAGCUGGCAAUGCUGCGCAAAUUCAGGAAGUAAUAGAUGCCAACAUUUUCCCUGCGCUGAUUGAAAUUUUGGGACAAGCUGAAUUUAAAACAAGGAAAGAAGCAGCCUGGGCUAUUACUAAUGCCACUAGUGGAGGCAGCCAUGACCAAAUUAGAUAUUUAGUUGAGCAAGGUUGUAUACCACCUUUAUGCGAAUUAUUAACAUUAACGGACGCCAAGACCGUUCAAGUGGCUCUAAAUGGAUUAGACAAUAUUUUAAAGGCAGGACAACAAGCUGACCAACGAGACAAUCCUUAUGCCGUCCUCAUUGAAGAGUGCUUUGGUUUGGAUAAGAUAGAAUUUCUCCAGUCACAUGAAAACCUUGACAUUUAUCAAAAAUCUUUCGAGAUUAUUGAGAACUAUUUUGGAUCUGAAGAAGAGGAUGGCAGAACUGCACCUGCGGUGUCGUCUACUACGGACCAAUAUCAAUUCAGUACCGAUCAGUCGGUUCCUAUGGGUGGCUUCCAAUUCUAACCUAGGCUUAUAAUUAUACUUUAUAUUGAUGCUGACCGUGCAAUAUCUAUGUGUAUACAGAAGUGGGUAGUAUCUACAACUUCGUUGAAUUAACUGUUUUCAGAUCAAACUAUCUACACAAUGUGUAUGUAAUUAUAUUAUGCACCCAUUAUGUAUAGAUUAUUUUAUUAAUUUAUAUAAUUAACAAAGGAAUUCGCCUUCUUAUUUUUUUACUGUAGAUAAUGGCGUAUCUAGUUCAUUUAUUUUGUAGUAUGUAUUGUAUUUGUUGGCCUUGAUGCUUUUGUUACUAAAAUAAUUAAACUUGUAUAUUGUUAUGUGAAAGUAUCAUUUCAUGCUAUAUUACAGAUUGGUACCAACAAAAAAUGUCAUUUAAUUUUCAGUCCUGUUCCUUUCUUUUGCGGUUCUUAUACAAGUCAGGGGAAGUUUAUGUUUUGUAUUUUGUAUGAAAAGAUAGGGGAAUUCAUUUUAGUAUAAAAAUAGUAAACUUUAGUCAAACAAUAAAACAAAUAUUUAUUGUAUAAGUAGUGUAAAAUUACUUACAAUAAUAUAACUUACAGUUACAAAUAGACCAAAGGCCAAACAAUAUAUUAUUCUUAUAUUAUGGAGGUUUGAAUGAGUCUAAAUACAGCUACAAAUUGUAGUUGUAUUGUUUACCAUGAAAUACCUAUAUCAUUAAAAUAGACAAUUGUUCUAAGAAAUGCAUGUUCUUGAUGAAGAGAGUCCCAAAACUUCAUUCUCUCAUAAAACGGAUUCCUGCCUUUUGUAAGUUCGGAUCCUAUGCUCAGAUAGUUUAAUUUAUCCUUAUUUUCAACGGGAUCCCAAGUUAUUUGUAAGAGAGGGUCAUCUUCAUUAGGAGUUGGAUUGCUGCAAAUAAAAAUGAAUUCUCAUUAUACAUUCAUUGUGUAUACAGGGAGUAUUUAUACAAUAUUAACUUUGUAUUAAACAGACUCAAAACCAAUAAAAUAUAGAUAUCCUUU